UAUGGUCUCGGCAACACUUGGUAAUCUCUGAUCUCGACCAUUCACGACCAUUCGGCUUGCUGCUACUGAGCUGGUGCUAAAUAUUGACGGUAUGUUUUGAAAACAUUGUUUUUGGCGGCUCUAGACGAGACAAACACACCUGUUUAAUUUUACAAUUGGAUGGAGGAGAAUGGAAGUAAGAGAAGUAUGAGGAGUAGAGCUCGUGGUCGAGCUCGUGGACGUGGCCGUGCCCGGGCUGGAAGGGGAAGGACCAAGAAGGCAGUCAAAAUUAUUGAAAGUGACGAUGAAGAUACUCCGCAACAAAUGGAGGACAAUUCUGUGGAAGCGGUUGCUGGCGAGCAGGAUGAACAUGAACCUCCUGCUGUAGUAACUCAGCAACCUUCUCUCGAACAACAGUUUGACUUGGAGGCUGAUAUAUCACAGCUAGAGGCGCCGACUUUCACGACUAUCAAUCGUGGUCCGCCUGAACCGAUGCUGCGUUUGAGAUGGGACCAUCGAGUGAAUCUUAUAGGAGAGAAAGUGCUGAAUCCUAUGAUACAUUGCUGUGACAAAUGUUUGAAGCCUAUUCUCAUCUAUGGUCGUAUGAUACCUUGCAAACAUGUAUUCUGCCUAUCUUGUGCCAAAAGAGAAGACAAAGUCUGUCCUCGUUGUAUGGAAAAGGUAUCCAGAGUGGAGCAAACAGGCUUGGGCACUGUAUUCAUGUGUACGCAUGGUGGAACAAGAUACGGAAAUGCUGGUUGCAGGAGAACAUACCUUAGUCAGCGGGAUCUACAAGCUCAUAUUAAUCAUCGGCAUAUAUCGGCGCCACCUCAACCAGUCCAAGGAAUGCAGGUCGAUCCUCCGCAAUACGUACAUGCCAAACCAGAAAUGGAAUCGCAGCUAACGAAGGUAUCCUCCGUGCAGAUGCAAAAUACACGGCUUAAAUCCGUGCAGUCUCACAUGGUUCAACCAAUCAUGGGUAACGAUCCUCGUGUGAAUUCACUGGUGAAUCAACAACCAACGAUGGAGCAACAUCGGCAGCAGCAUAGGCAGCAACAACAGCAGCAACAGCAGCAGCAAGCAAUGAUGUCGAUGCAAAGUUAUGCGCAGAGUACCGCGCCGCCACCGCCGCCUCCAAAUAACGCUCCGAUGCGCACCAAUCUUAUCACUGUGCCGAUCCAAGAUACGGCGUCUCUAACUACGCACGAUCUUCAUGCUCAACAAAGUCAUCAUUAUUAUUCGGCGCCACCACCACCGCCUCCGCCGCCACCACCGCCAGUGAAUUAUGGUGGUUAUAAUGUGCCACCGCCGGUGUCGCAACAGACGCAACAAUACUAUCCACAGCCGCAGCAUCCGACUCAGGUAUCGUACGUGCCGCCACCGCCUCCACCGCAGCAGCAACAGUACGUAUCGUCGGCUCCGACCUCCAUACGACCAUCACCUACCGGUUAUAUACAAGAACCUCAAUAUGGUCCGCCACCGUCUCAGCAACAACCACCACCGCCACCACAGCCACAGUGGUCACAACAUCAACAACAGUUUUAUAGAUAAAAAGACGAGUGUUAUUAAUUCAGUGAUAACGAACGACGUGAAAGAUGUAAGUUUGAUUCUCGAUCCUCUUACUUCAUAAAUAUUUCUAAAUGGAGAAAGAUUUUCCCACUGUGAGAUAAAAAAUAAGUUUAAAAAAAGUAAAUCCAAAAUUAUUUAAUUUGAAUCUGUUAAUUCUGCGCUCCUCUAAAGGGAUUUGUUAGCCCUAGUAAACUAG